UCAGGUGUGUCAGUGCGACCUGGAGAGAGUCAGCCGGGAAGCGCCUGGGAGAGACACGCCAGUACUGCUGGGACAGUGGCUCUCCCAACUGUCACAGUCAAUGUGCACCAUGUCUGGGAGAAAGCGGGAGGCCCCCGACUCGAUGGAGCAGGCGUGCGUGCUGUGUGGCCGGGCAGCGGCGGACCCGGAUAUCUGCGGGCACAAAAUCCAGCAGCACGGCCUCUGUGCCCACGUGUUUUGCCUGUUUUUUGCCAACAAGCUUUCGCAGCAACCGCUGGAGGAUGUGGGCCUGAUGGGAUUUCUCCCAGAGGAUAUCCGCCGCACGAUCGAGCGGGCAGCGCAGCAGCAAUGCUUCGUCUGUGGCAAGAGCGGGGCUGCCACAACCUGCUGCCGGGAGGGCUGCGACCGCAGCUUCCAUCUGCCCUGUACCACGGAGGGAGGAUGCGUGACGCAGUUCUUUUUCCAGUACAGGUCCUUCUGUGGGGAGCACAGCCCAGAGCAGGCAGUGGAGGCAGCUCCAGAGAAGGACACCACCUGCCUCCUCUGCCUGGAGCUUGUCGGGGACAGACAGUCCUACGGCACCAUGGUGUGCCCAGCGUGCAAGCACGCCUGGUUCCACAGGGGCUGCAUCCAGGGACAGGCUGUGCGCGAUGGCAUUUCUUGUUUCCGGUGCCCGCUCUGUAGGGACAGGGAUGCAUUUUCUUCAGAAAUGCUGAGCAUGGGCAUCCGCAUCCCCUUCAGUUUGCCAUCGCAGGACCCCCACGCAUAUGAUGAUCUCAGUGAGAGGCACAGCCGCUGCGAUGCCUGUGAGUGCCUGUGCCCAGGAGGCAGGGAGCAGGCAGAGGGGCUUGUUCCCUGGCACCCUUCACUUCUGUCGGCAUCAAGCUCACGGAGCUCCAUAACACCCAGGCAUCGGAAGGCUGAGCGAAAUCUCAGCAAGCCUGGUGAGGAGGAAACCCCGAGCAACAGAAUUCUUCGGCUUGGAAGGCGGCUGGUAGAAGAGGAUGGCCAAGGCCACUGGGAAGCCUCUAGUCCUUCUCAGCAGUGUCAGCCUGCUAGUAUCGCAGAAGGGCUUCUGGGGGUGACAGGUUUUUCUCUUGGCCCUGAACUGAAUUUGGCACCUAGAUUCUCCAACACUGGACUUUGCAUUCCUUUCUUCCUACUCUAG